AUGUGCGAAGACGCUGUAAUGCCAAUACUGUCUCCGAGCUACUACGACCAUUCCCGGCAAGAGCUGUCGAGUUCAAGACUAUUGCUUGCCCCUGCCCUUGCCCUUGCCCUUGCUUGCCUCUACCCAAUCUGGCCGCCAUCACGUCUGAUCCGAUGCACCUAUUAUGAAAUAUUACCACUGCCUCCGGCUCAGCAACUCUCAUCAGUAGUUACAUUCAUUUUGCCGACCGUCACCCGUGCCAUCCGCAUUGCUAAGAACAGCUUAGGUAGCGUCACAUCGCUUGUCGACGAGACUGCUUGCUUCUGCUCAUUACCGCUCUCGAGCGCCUUGGCCCUCAUCACCUAUCGGCUUCUCGUGCGACCGCCAUGUACGCUCCGGUUUGUUCGGCGUAUGAAAGCCGCACACCCAUCCUUUGGGCGUAGCUCGAUACGCUGGCGCCUGCAGACUGCUUCCACGCCAGCCGGCAUUGUCCAGCACGUCCAAUUGCAAUCCAUGCUACAUCAUCUAUGCCUGCGCGCGCCUAAGCAGCAAAGGAUGCAUCUGGCACACCUACCCUGA